UGUACUUAUUGGAACUUACCAGCUGUAGUUUUUUGAAGAUUUCUCCAACCGAUAUAUACAUUAUUCGAUUGAUCGAGCAUGGGAAGUACCACAGUUGCCUCCAAUGAAAUUGUCCUCGAAGUUCUUAACCAGCAUAACUAUAAAGAUUGGAGUUCUCGGAUUGAGACUUACUUAUUAGCUAAGGAUCUUUGGGAGGUUGUCAAACAGAAACCUCCUGCAAGUAAUGGGGAAACUGCAUAUAAGGCUUGGAGGACAAAGAAUGCCAGGGCCUUGCAUGCAAUUAAAAUCAGUUGCGGGACUGAGAUGUAUUCUUUUAUCCGGACAAUCAGAUCAGCCAAUUUAGCAUGGGAAAUUUUGGAGAAAAAGAUCAAACCACGUGACACUACUAAAGACCAAAAAGACACCGGAUGCACCGAUCUUCACACAGCAGUCAUGGAAGGACAUGUGGAUAAUGUGAAAAAUUUGUUGUCGUCGAUGAGUGAAAAAGAUUUGGCAAAAAAAGAUGGCAAAGGCCGUACAGCUUUAGAUGGUGUUAUAGUUGCAUCCUGUACAAAAGCACACUGGAUCCAAAUAGCUAGUUCCAUGGUUGCAAAGAACCGGGAAAUAGUUGAAAUCAGUAGUCAGCCCAGAAAUUAUAUUCCUGUUGUGAGGGCUUGUAGUCGAAACAAAUGGGAAAUGGCACGUUGUCUCUUCUCUCUCACUCCCCAUGAGACUCUACUGCGUGAGAAUGGAACACCGGGCGCGAAUGGAACCCCGGGCGCUCAACUUAUUACUAUGUGUAUUUGGCGUCCCAAAGGACUCGAUGUUGCAUGGAACCUGCUACAAAAUUAUCCAAGGCUGGCCAUGGCUGACAACGGACUUGGACAGCCGCCCAUGCUUGUAUUGGCUGGUAUGCGUGGUGCAUUUCUUAGCGGAGCGCGACUGACAUUUUGGCAAAAGUUGAUCUACAAGAGUAUAUACAUACAACCUAUUGAUUUUAUUCUUUCCGAGAAAGUUAUUAGUGCUUCAGAAUCAGAAGAUGAACUAUAUCCAAAAACAAGAUCAGAAGCUGAUCAAGGUCAUCUCAGGGAUAUAUUUUGCUCGGUUAUGAUGUUAUUCAGAAGACUUAUUAUGGGUGCCGUUAAGGCUUUGGGAAUCAAUCAUGUGUAUGAAAUGAAAUCAAACCACUUCCGAUUCGAUAACUUUCUAAGCUGUAUGGUACAAGUGACAAAAAGUCUGGAUAACUUUACACCAGCAGAAUUUAACGUUGUGAGAAAUUCACUCUUCAAAGCUAUUGAACGAGGGCAUGUUGAAUUUGUUACUCAUAUGCAAAAAGCAAACCCGGCAGUCAUGGAAAUCUUUGAUGAUAAAAACAAUAUAUUUCAGUAUGCCAUUGAAUAUCGUCAAGAAAAAAUUUAUAGUUCAAUAUAUAAGCUCAAGUCAAAAAAGAGAGACGAUAUUAUGCAUAGUAUAGCAAAGUUUAACAAUAAUAUGCUACAUAGUGCAGCAAACUUAUCCCCAGUUACACAUUAUAAUCAUAUUCAAGGUGCAAGUUUGCAAAUGCAACGAGAAUUACAAUGGUUCAAGGAGGUGGAGAGUCUGUUACCUAUUGAAAUGCAUGAAUUUGUCAAUACUUCAAACUUGACAGCACGUGAACUAUUUACCAAGAAUCACAAGAAAUUAAAGGAGGAAGCAGAAGCAUCGAUGAAAGGGACUGCAGCUUCUUGUACAACUAUAGGUGCUCUUAUUGUUACUAUGAUGUUUGCUGUAGCAUUCACAGUUCCUGGCGCAACUGAUGGUAACACCGGUCUCCCAAUUUUUAUGCAUAAAAAAUUGUUUAAGAUUUUUAUAAUCUCAGAUACAAUAUCACUUGUUUCCUCCACAACUUCGGUAAUUACGUUCUUGGGACUUCUCACAUCAACUUAUGCAGAAGAUGAUUUCCUUUGGUCCUUACCCACAAAAAUGAUGAUAGGCCUUUCUUCUCUUUUUGUCUCUAUUGCUGCGAUGAUGAUCACAUUUUCAUGUGCCCUUACCAUUAUGCUUGAUGGAGAAGCAAAGAUGAUAAUCAUGGGCAUUGUGUUUGCAAGUGUUCCCGUCGGGUCAUUUAUAUGUUUUUUAUUUCCCCUCCUUUUUGAGAUUUGCAUGUCCACUUAUGGACCUUCGAUGUUUGAUAGGAAAACAAACGUUGGCAUUGAACAUUGA